CGGUACGUCUGGAAAGUCUGCGGUCACACUGGUCCCAGAUGUUAUGGUAAAAUAGCAAAAGAUUUGCACGCAAGAUUUCAAAAACAGUUGGCGUUUCGAAAUCCGUGCUGCGGAAUUUAUCGAUUAGGCAAAUACGCUGCUUUUUGGGUUUAGAAAAAGGGGAAUCCCCUGAGUAACCUGGGAUCGGAGUCGUAUCUGAUGAUUAAAACCAGUCAGUGUUACCGCGACAACGGCGACAUGUCGGAGGAGGAUUCGUUCGUCAUUUUGGGUAGCUCGCCGUACUCCUCGCUCGUUCCGGAUGGUUCCUUGGUGUCCGACGGUUUUGAUGAUGUGCAGGAGGCGAAGGAACCCGUUGCCUCUACGAGCACCCAGCCACCAACAGUAAACAGUACUCCAGUCAGCAUGAGUGCAUCGCAACAGCAGCACAUAUCGCUGGACUCUGAAUCAUCUCAGCACCAGUCCCUGGCGACCAGCUUCAUCAUGGGUGAAGUUCAAUCCGAUGUCCUGAAGAACAGUGUUUACUCGCAGUUUCCCAGCCUCUGCUCGCUGCAGGCUUCCGCAGAGGAUGUAGUGAAGCUCCAGAACAUGAUGACCGAGUACCUUGCUCUGAAGAGCACACUUGACAAGGUGAACCAAACCAUGCUGAAUUACCACAAACUGACUCAACAAUGGCGUCAAGAAGCCGCCGAUCGGGAACAGCAGUACAAGGAGCAGUUAAAAGAGUGUCAAGUGCAGGUCGAGGCUCUUCGCGAGGAAAAUCAAAAGCUGAAGGAGGACCUUGAGACGAAAAUUGAGCAGAUUGAAGUGGUGCAGUCCAUCAGCCAAAAAGAGCAGGAUGAGCUUCGUCAGAGUGUAUCUGGGAAACAGUCACUGAUCGACAAUAUGCGGGUGGAGAUUGACAAGCUGCAGCAGCUAAAAAUGCACUCGUUUGAGUUCGUACCUGAGGACGGAUCCCAAAAGGAACCUGACCCGAGCAUGGCCUUGAACUAUGUGCAAAGGGACGAGCACGAUCGCCAGGUGCGGGACCUUCAGCGCCAGCUCUCUAAACUCUUAGCUGAAAACCUGGAGGUCACUGAAAUGAAAAAAACCUAUAUUGAGGAGAUCGACUGCUUAAAGGUUACCUUGGCGAGCGCCCAGGAGCUGAUGCAGAAAAUGCACCGGGAUAUUAACGAGCUGAAAGCGAAGGACAUCCAGAAGCAGGAGGUGAUCGAACAUCUACAGACCCAAAACGAUAUCUACCGCAAGGACUUCGAAAUGGAGCGGGCAGAUCGCGAGAAAAAUGCCGGCGAGAAAGAUCAGUACCUUUUGGAUCUGCGAGCUCUGCAAAGGAGGAACCAGGAGCUAAUCGAAGCUCUGGCUGAGUCCCACAAGGCAAGCAAGGCGAGCUCGACCGCUUCCUCGCUAAGUUCAAGCAGAAGCAGUUUGCGGGAGGAGCAGAGACCAGUAAGAGUUCUCGAUCCAACAGGCGCUGCAUCCCGGACUUCGGAUACCACUUUGAGAUGUCCCAUCUGCUCAAAGUCCUUUAACACCCUAAGCGUGCUCCAGAGUCAUGUUAACGAUUGUUUGGAUAAAAACUAAGCACAAUAACUAACCAUUAAUAUAUUUUUUUAUUUGUAAUCUA